UAGAGUACGUGAGCUUUUCCGUCUCUUUAAUUUGUAUCGUCGCACUUUUUGUGUUUCAGUAUGCGGCGACAUUCACGGACAGUUCUACGACCUGAUGAAGUUGUUCGAAGUGGGCGGUCCACCCUCCUCGACCAAGUAUCUCUUCCUCGGCGAUUACGUUGACAGAGGUUAUUUCAGUAUCGAGUGCGUAUUGUACCUGUGGGCGCUAAAAUUGUGCCAUCCGACCACGCUUUUUCUCCUCAGAGGUAACCAUGAGUGCCGUCAUCUCACGGAAUACUUCACAUUUAAACAGGAAUGUAAAAUAAAAUACUCAGAGAGGGUAUACGACGCGUGUAUGGACGCGUUCGACUGUUUGCCGCUCGCAGCCCUCAUGAAUCAACAGUUUCUGUGCGUGCACGGCGGCCUGUCGCCGGAAAUUCACAAUUUAGAAGAUAUUCGUAAAUUGGAUAGGUUCAAAGAGCCGCCGGCGUUCGGACCGAUGUGCGAUCUUCUUUGGUCGGAUCCUCUCGAAGACUUUGGCAACGAAAAAAAUGCGGAGCAUUUCUCCCACAAUAGCGUCAGAGGUUGUUCGUACUUUUACAGUUACGCGGCGUGUUGCGAUUUUCUGCAGAACAACAAUUUGCUCAGCAUCAUAAGGGCGCACGAAGCUCAGGACGCCGGAUAUCGUAUGUACCGAAAGUCUCAGACGACGGGCUUCCCAUCGCUUAUUACCAUCUUUAGCGCACCCAACUAUCUCGAUGUGUACAACAACAAGGCGGCAGUUUUAAAGUACGAAAACAACGUGAUGAACAUCAGACAGUUUAAUUGCUCGCCACAUCCUUACUGGUUGCCCAAUUUUAUGGACGUUUUUACAUGGUCCCUGCCAUUUGUCGGUGAGAAAGUCACGGAAAUGUUGGUGAACGUACUGAACAUUUGCUCGGACGACGAGUUGAUGAGUGACGGCGAUGACGCGCUCGAGGAAGAUGUCGCAGCCAAAGUCGUUGUUCAAAAAAAGAAUGGUGCAGCAGCUAAUCUACGUAAGGAAGUCAUCAGAAACAAGAUCAGAGCCAUCGGCAAAAUGGCGCGUGUGUUCUCCGUCCUGAGAGAGGAGAGCGAGAGCGUGCUGCAGUUGAAAGGCUUGACGCCGACUGGAGCUUUACCGCUUGGUGCAUUAUCUGGUGGAAAGACCUCACUGAAAAACGCUCUCCAAGGCUUCUCACCGAAUCACAAAAUUACCUCAUUCGCCGAGGCCAAGGGUUUGGACGCCAUAAACGAAAGAAUGCCACCGAGGAAGGACGCUCCGCCUACACCGGUGAACGAGGAGAAGCCCGUGACAAAGCCGUCGCCUUCUGCGGGAGACAAGCGGGACCAUAACAUGCCGCAACCGCAAUCGUGAGCCGCACACUCGUCCGAUCAAGAUGGCAUGGACGGGUCUUAAAAUCCCGCCACUACCACCGAACAUUUGCAAAAAUUCGUCUUUUCUCCCCCCCCUUCCCCUACUCCCCGGCUGUUACAAAUACGCUGUUCACCGAAGAGUCAGAAGAGGAGUUACCGCCAUUACAAAAGGAUGAUCAAAAUGAACGGACGGACGCGAAAUGGAAAGCAAUUUCUCAUUGAUGCAAUUUUCAACGGUCAUCAUCGUCCGCUUGUGCACAGCUCAAGAAAUUAGUAACCAGCCGAAAUUAAAUGUGACCGCACGAUCAUCGAUGAAACGUCCGGGAGGGCGUGUCCAUCGGGACUCCUUCUUCGAAGAUCUGCCUCCGGUUUUUGUUUGUUGCGAACAGAGCGCGACCAUGUGUUAGCCUCUCUUCUGCGAUAAACCGCGCGCGUGACGUUCUCCGAUCUCUCUUCUAAAAAAACACAUACACACACACACACACACACAUUCGUGAAAUAUAUAAAACACAUAUAAUCUCUCUCUUUCUCUUCUCCUCUUACUGAUUCUGUCUCUCAUAAUUUCUUGUUCCUCUUGCCUCCUUUCUUGGGCAUCAUUUUUCUCGUCUUUUUUUCUCGACGCGGGAGAAAACGACAGAAAGAGAAAAAAAAGAGAAAGAGAGAAAAAGAGAGAAAGAGAGAGGGACGAAAUGAGAACGAUACGUGCGUGGUUGCGAGUCGUUUGUCUAACGAGAGGAAUCGCAUAGUGACAGUGUGAAAGGAAGAAUGAAAGAAAGAGAGAAAGAGAAAGAGAGAGAGAGAGAGAGAAAGAGAGAGAGAGAGAAAGAGAGAAAGAGAGAGAGAGAAAGAGAGAAAGAGAGAACGGACGAACGGUCUCCGCCAAAGAAACAAAAAGGCAGCUGGCCUGUCGUCAACGGCGGAGCUUCCGGUUUUAGGAUUUUACUAGGUUCUUAAGAUAUGUCCGCCCUAGAUGACGCGUAUAAGGGCAUCUCCCGGCACCACGGGGUGGAAAUUAAUUAUACAUGUGUGCGUGUAUACGUUAAAUAAAUUCUCUGAUUUUUUUUAUAUAUAACUUGCGCGCGCGACUUAGCCCUUAAGCUUAGCUUGACUUAAAUUCCUUUCCCUCUCUCUUAAGUCGUGAGUUAUAUACAUGUAACGCCGGAGACUUUAUUUGACAUAUAUACAUAAAACG